AGACUCCACUCUUCUAUCCAGAGAAUAUAUUUUCUUCUUGUGUGAAGAUCAGCAAUUAAAAUUAUUAAUAAGAAUGGCUAUGAAAUCCCAAUUAAUGACCGGAUUAACCUUGCCAUGGCAGCCACCGCCACACGCCUCCACUUCUUCUUCAACUAGUAAUACUCUCUGUAUGGUUAAGCCACCGCGUCUCACUACUUCCUUUUUCAGUGGCGGAGUUAAUGCCUUAAGAGUAAAGAUAAGAAAUAAUCCUACUGGUAGGUCCAACUGUUUUGGACAAGGAGGUGGCCUUGGCACCCGUAUGAACCUUUUUGAUCGGUUUUCCAGAGUUAUCAAGUCAUAUGCAAAUGCAAUCUUGACUGGUUUUGAAGACCCAGAGAAAAUUCUAGAUCAAACGGUGCUUGAAAUGAAUGAUGACUUGACAAAAAUGCGCCAGGCCACAGCGCAAGUUUUGGCAUCUCAAAAGCGUCUGGAGAAUAAAUAUAAAGCUGCAGAACAAGCUUCUGAAGAUUGGUAUCGUAAGGCACAACUUGCUCUUAAAAAAGGAGAAGAAGAUCUUGCACGUGAAGCACUUAAGAGACGUAAAUCAUAUGCUGAAAAUGCUACGUCCUUGAAAGCUCAACUUGAUCAACAAAGAACUGUUGUUGAUAAUCUUGUCUCUAACACACGGCUUCUGGAGAGCAAGAUGCAAGAGGCAAAGUCUAAGAAAGAUACUCUGAAAGCACGUGCUCAAUCUGCAAAAACUCAAACUAAAGUGAAUGAGAUGCUGGGUAAUGUCAAUACAAGUAAUGCUCUUGCAGCCUUUGAAAAGAUGGAAGAGAAAGUUAUGGCUAUGGAAUCAGAAGCAGAAGCUCUUGGCCAGCUAUCUACAAAUGAGCUUGAUGGGAAGUUUGCAUUACUCGAGGGUACAUCAGUUGAUGAUGAUCUUGACAAUCUGAAGAAGGAACUUUCUGGUAGCUCAAAGAAAGGAGAGCUUCCCCCUGGUAGAACAGCGGUGACCAGUUUUCUCGAUUCUGAGAUCGAGAUGGAGCUGAACGAAUUGAGACAAAAGAGGAAGGAUUUUUAAAAGAAUCCAAAUCUGUGCUCUCAGGUACAACACUGUUCCUCUGCUGCUGAGACAUUGACUCUGUAGAGAUUAAAGGCCAAAUAGACAGACAGCUCUUGUAUAGUCGCAAGCGAACGAUACAUAUAUUUUUAUCUUUUUUAAAGAAUGGGUAUAAAGCAAUACACCAAAUCUUCCCCUCAGAGCCGUAAUUUAUUUGCAGUGAUUUUUGAUUGUUCA